CUCAGGAGCAGACAUCACACCUGCUUCUUGCGUUCUGCAUUGCUUGUUGGCCGACCGUGUGAAAUGUCCCCUAUUGAGGCUAACGAGCAUCGUACUCCAGGUGGCGAUCACCCCUUUUUCGGCUCUUCCAACUCUUCUGAUGGGGUAUCGACAAAUGAAUCAGCGCCUGCAGACGAGCUUAUCGCCUUAGCCUUGCUCCAUCCACCAGCUGGUUACAGUCUUUUGCUUGGAGAUGGUACACUGGCCGGCAUGUCGAAUCUCGGCGAAUUUGAGAGUGCGAAUGAAGGGAGUGAGAGUGAUGAAUGCACUACUGAAGAUGAGGAAGAUAUCAAAGAGCCAGGAAAAAAUGGAGUCCCUGCGACGGAAAGCUCAUUUGGAUCGGAAAAUUCUAUAAAUAUUCCUGUGAACUUUGACUCUGCUUCUCAUUCUGAUUUCUCUUCUCUUGAGCCACAGGAAGCUGAGUCCCCUGCGGUUCAUACAGCAUUAGAUCGGGCUUUAAUGAGCUGUCUGAAUUCUACUGACCUCCAAUCGAGAGGGCCUUCUUUUGUGAGUGGGGCCUUCAGUCCUUGA